AUGGAUGCCAACAACAAAAAACCUAGAAAAAACAACAAUCUCCCACAAUCAACAGUGAUCACACCAACACCAGUAGCACAACCCACCGCAGUCAAACCUUCUCUCUUACCUGUCUCAACCAGCCAAGUCACACCACUUACCGAUCCUCCCCCAAAAGCACUCAAGUCACAGAUAAGCAUUGCCCCCCCAGGUUUUGAAGAUCCGAACGACGUGAUCAUAGAGGACGAAACGUCCAUGGAAGAAAGGGCACAGGAUUCCCCAUCCCCCCCACAGAUUCAGAGCAACAUCUCGGCGUUGUCUCAAAGAUUCACACCACAACAGCUGCUGACGGCUUCGGCCGUCAUGAAGGCAAUGGCUGAACUGUCCUCAAGGAGGACAGAGGGAAAUCAGAUCGUGGUUACCGGCAGUCGCCCGGUGAAAACCCGGGUAGAAGAAAAAGGCAUAGCUCUCGGCGCAGAGAAAAGGUCCACUAGACGUCGGGAGUCGGUGUCAGAACAAGAAGGGUCGAUUCCUGCUGGUAGGGAAUCGACACCGUACCACGAGGAGCACAUCGUACAGUCUCCACAGCCGGGUUGGAAUAGAUAUGAAGGAUAUCUACCUCAUCAGGAGCCGAUGAGGCAAACCAUACACCCCAAAGACUCCCCACUAUGCAGGGGUAUACUGGAGCAACCUAUGGAGAAAGUAAAGAUGCCGACGUGCAAAUACAACGGAACCACAGACCCCGUAAAUCAUUCCACCGCUUUCGAACAACACAUGAUGCUGUAUUCUGACUCAGAUGCCAUGUGGUGCAAAGUGUUCCAAACCACCUUAUCAGGGGUGGCAGCCGAUUGGUAUAAGAAGUUGCCGGCUGGAUCGAUAUUCAGUUUUCGGCAGAUACAAAAGGACUUUGUGAGGCGAUUCAUUAGCAAGGUUGAACGAAAGAAAACAUCUGGAGAGCUGAUGUCAAUCUCACAAAGGCCGAAAGAACCGCUGAGAGAGUACCUUACUCGGUUUAACAACGAAUCCAUCACCAUACCAGAUUUACAGCAGGAAAUAGCCGUCUUGGCUCUGUUGAGAGGGAUGCAAGAAUGCGAGUUCAAAAGGUACCUGGGAAGAAAAUCAUUUACCUCGCUGGGGGAGGCCUUGAGAAAAGCAAAUGAGUAUAUCAGGAGUGAUGAGCUGAUGCUAAUAUCACCCAUGGGGGGAAAUCAGGCAGUACAAUCGGCCAGGAAGGAUCAUGUUCCCAUACAGCAACACAAUUACCGGAAAGAUAACAGUAGAAAGGAGGGCCAUCAGCAGAGAGGGGGAUAUCCGAAUAGACAACAGCCGGUAGGGGCUUAUCAGGUGUACACUCCCCUGAACACCGCCAGAGCCACCAUCUACGCAGUGAAUAAAUCGGCAGCGUGGAGAAAACCGUUACCGAUGGAUACCCCAGGUAACAAUAAGAACUUUUGUGCUUUUCAUAAUGAUCAUGGUCAUUACACGGAGCAUUGUAAAGAGCUCAAGGAUAACAUCGAAGAGCUGGUAAGAAGGGGAUACCUAUCCCAGUACAGGGUUCGACAGGAAGGCCAGGGAGGAAAUAAUAGACAGGGGAGUUCGCAUAGUCAUGCCCCAUAUACACCUACUCAGCCGGGGUAUUCACAGCCCACUGGUAGGAUUGAACAGGCACCACCAUCCCGGCAAGAAAUCCGGUCAUUACCGGAAACAAGCAAAGAUGGGGCCGAUAGGGGAAAAAGACCCACUGUCUGGGUGAUCUCUGGAGGGCCCGUGCAUGGAGGCACAGUUAGCGGGGCAAUAAGAAAUCUAGAGGAGCACCGGCACCUGGUGAGUUACCAUAGCGCAAGGAAAUGGCCGGAACCAACCCCCCUACCGGUCAUCACGUUCACUUCGGACGAUUGCGGCGGCAUAAUAUAUCCCCAUGAUGACCCGCUGGUACUGGAACUUGAGAUAGCAAACUUCCCCGUCAAGAGAUGCCUGAUUGAUGGAGGCAGCUCUGCGAACAUCAUAUUUUGGGAAGCUUUCACUCAGCUGAACAUAGAUCACGGAGAGUUAGCAAGGGUGAGCUAUCCCGUUAUCGGAUUCUCUGGGGCCAGCGUCUACCCAGAGGGCAGUAUCCGUUUACCGGUUCAAGUGGGCAGAGGAUCAUCAGUCAGGGACUUAAUGGUCGACUUUUUGGUGAUAAAAGUACCAGCAGCGUAUAACGUAAUAAUUGGUCGACCAUUUAUUCAUAACGCGCAGGCGGUGGUGUCCACGUAUCAUUUGACCAUGAUAUAUCUCUCAAAUCUCGAAAGAACAGAAAGGGUACAUGGCAGUCAGGAGACUGCCAGAUCGUGUUAUCUGACAGCGAUAAAGGCACCAGGAAGGAUGGUGCCGAAAACCAACCUUGCCCGAGAAGCAAACAUGCCAACCAAAAGAAAGAGAGGGGAUCUGAGCAUGGAAAAUUUUGAUGAAAGGCCUGUCUGCAUCCCAAGGCCGGCUGCAGAUGGAGAAACUCGGGAAAUUGAAUUGGUAGAGGGAGUUCCAGAAAGAACGGUACGAAUAGGCGCCGAUAUGGAGGCAGAUCAGCAGGUCAAUCUUAUCGGCCUGUUACGAGAACAUGCAGACGUCUUUGCCUUCUCUGCAGAUGAAAUGCCCGGUAUCAGCCCGGACAUUAUAGUGCAUCGUCUGAAUGUAGAUAAGUCAGUCAGGCCGGUAAAGCAAAAGAAGAGAAAUUUCUCCAAUGAAAAAAAUGCUGCAAUAAAAGAAGAAGUAGAAAAAUUGCUGGAAGCAGGGUUCAUAGAAGUUUGGUAUCACCAAGUCAGUUUGUGUAAGGCCGAUAGAAAGAAGGCCGCCUUCAUCACAGAUUCAGGGGUAUACAGCUAUAAGGCUAUGCCGUUUGGGCUGAAGAAUGCAGGAGCAACCUACCAGAAGUUGGUGGAUAGGGUAUUUGCUUCCCAGAAAGGGAGGAACGUAGAGGUAUAUGUGGAUGACUCAAUAGUUAAAAGCCGAUUGGCCAGCGACCACAUCGACGACUUGAGAGAAACUUUCGAAACUCUGAGGAGGUUCAGGAUGAAGUUAAAUCCCAAGAAAUGUGUAUUCGGGGUCCGAUCAGGAAAGUUCUUGGGUUUUCUAGUAAGCGAAAGGGGAAUCGAUGCCAAUCCAGAUAAGGUAGAUGCAAUUAUGAAUCUACCAGAACCCGGUUGCAUAAAAGACGUGCAAAAGUUAACAGGAAGAAUGGCCGCACUGACCCGGUUCAUUAGCAAAUCAGCAGACAGGUCGUUGCCCUUUUUCAACGUGUUAAAGCAAAACAAGAAAUUCAAAUGGGGAGAAACAGAAAAAGCAGCUUUUGAGGCACACACAGUGGCAGCAGUACUGAUCAUAGAGAAAGAUAAAACACAAAUACCGGUGUACUUUGUCAGUCACAUCCUGCAAGAAGCAGAAACGAGGUACUCCUUGAUAGAAAAGUUGGGGUUGGCAGUACUGAUUGCAGCCAGAAAGCUGAGACCUUACUUUGAUGCACACGGAAUCCAAGUCCUCACAAACUACCCACUGGAAAAAGCAAUGCAAAAAAUGGACACAUCAGGUAGACUCCUAAAAUGGGCGAUUGAACUAUCAGAGUUUCACAUGGAGUAUCGGCCCAGAAUGGCUAUAAAAGCCCAAGCGCUGUCUGACUUCAUAGUCGAAGCAUCAUACCAGGAGGAGGAAAUAAAGGAAGGAAAAUGGGAAGUAGCAGUAGACGGCUCUGUCACCAAAUCAGGUGCAGGAGCAGGGGUAAUAGUUACCUCACCAGAAGGAGAUCAGUUCGAAUAUGCUAUUAAGUUCUCUUUCCAGGCGUCAAACAACGAGGCAGAAUACGAAGCCGCAAUCGCUGGCAUACAGAUCUGCGCGACAGCUGGUGCUCGUAGGCUCACACUCACAACCGACUCACAGCUGGUAGCAAACCAGUUCUCAGGAGAAUAUGAAACGAAGGAAGAUUCCAUGAAACGAUACGCCGAAAAGCUUAAGCAGUCAGUGGCAUAG